AUGUUUUUCAAAUUCACUUUGCAUUUACACUCUUGUUUGUUAGAUGACUUUGAUCCUUCUUUAUUACCACUUCCUGAGCAAUCAACUAAAACAGCAACACAGCGAAUAUAUCGAGAACUAAAGAUGAUUAUAAAUAAUCAGAGUAAACCUUCUAAUGACUUGGGUUUUUAUGUUAAACUUGACAAAUUAAGAUCAGUCUACCAAUGGGUUGUACAGCUCAAGGAUUUUGAUCCAAAUAUCCCAUUAGCUCAAGAUAUGGCAAGGCAUAAAGUUUCUAGUAUUGAUUUAGAAGUUAGAUUUGCCCCUGAAUUUCCCAAUUUGCCGCCAUAUAUUCGUGUAAUUAGACCAAGAUUACUAAGAUUUCUUAAUGGUGGGGGUGGUCAUGUUACAGCAGGAGGAUCUAUUUGUAUAGAGAUUCUAACUUUGGGCAAUAAACAUGAUAAGGGAUGGUCGCCCAAGUUCACUAUAGAAUCAGUUUUACUACAAACGAAAUUAGCAUUGAGUGAUUUGAAUCCACCUGCAAGACUUGACAAAAAUUGGAAAAAUGAAUACAGCCCAAAAGAAGCUAUAGACGCAUAUAUUAGAGUAGCAAAUCAACAUGGCUGGGCUAUUCCACCUCAAUGGUCAUCUUUAUUUAGAAACUAA